UUAUACCUUAAUUGUGUCGAGUCUUCUUCUUCUUUACAUUUCCUUCUGCUUCCUCAUUGGCAUCUUCCUGAACUUCCUCUCGAUCCACAUCGCUCUCUCACUCCUUCAUCUGUUGAUCGGUUUGAGGUAUCAAAUUCUCACGAUAACAUUCACACUCCGUAUUAUCUCCAUAGUUCUGAUCAUCCUGGACUGGUAUUAGUUGCGGAUUCCCUAGAUGGUAGCAACUAUGGUGUUUGGAUCAUUGCUAUGACUACUAGUCUCAAAGCUAAGAAUAAGCUAGAGUUCGUCGAUGGCUCGAUAGUGAAACCACAAGAUGAUGAUCCAUAUUUCAAGAUUUGGUGCCGUUGUAAUAGCAUGAUCAAGUCCUGGCUUCUCAAUAGCGUCGCCAAAUCGAUCUACACGAGCAUCUUAUACUUCAAGAAUGCCUCUGAGAUAUGGACUGAUCUUCACUCUCGCUUUCACAAGUCUAAUCUCCCUCGCCUGUACAAGCUUCGUCAUCAGCUACAUUCAUUUCGUCAAGGUAAUCUGAGUCUAGCUUCUUAUCACACCAAGACUCAGUCACUUUGGGAAGAGCUGUCUAACAUUCAGGCUACUAAUCGAUCUGUUGAAGAACUCUUAGCUGAACGAGAAACCAACAGGAUUAUUGAUUUCUUGAUGGGGCUGAAUGACAAUUAUGAGACCAUUCGGAACAUAAUCCUCACGAAGAAGCAUUUACCUUCCUUCUCCGAGAUCUAUAAUCUUCUUGAUCAAGAGGAUAGUCAGAAGGAAGCUAAUAAUGUGAGUUCAUUGGAUGUAUCUACUGCAGCAGCAUUUCAGGUUACUCAGGCUUCUGAUCAACAUUCAGGCAAAACGUCAUUCUCUGGUGGACAGUCUACUGGUUAUCCGCGUAAAGACUGUCCCUUCUGUACGUUUUGUCAUCGUCCUGGCCAUGUCAUUGACAAGUGCUACAAGAAGCAUGGGUAUCCGAACAGCAUGAAGCCAAAUCAAAAGUCAGAGAGAUCUUUCUCUUCGGUUUCUGCUAACGCUGCAAUUACUGAUACAAUUCAGAAUGAUGAAGCUUCUACUGAACUCUCUGCUUCUCAGAUACAGCAGUUGGUCUCUUUCCUCAGCACUAAACUCCAACCUCCUAGUUCUCAUCUUGGACCAGAAGUCCACUCUGUCUCAGCUUCCAUCCCUUCCUUAUCUUCCACAUGCCCAAUAUCCGGUACAUUUCAUCCCUCUAUCACUUGUUCUUUUACCGGUAUUGAUAGGCCUUACGUUUGCUCUAGUAAUACUUCUCUUGUGCCUCUUAAUGCUUGGGUGAUUGAUUCCGGAGCAACCAAUCACAUUUGUCAUCAAAAAUCUUCCUUUUUAUCCUUUAAACCUCUUCCUGAUACCACUGUUACAUUGCCUAAUGGAGUUCUGGUUAGCAUUGUCGGUAUAGGAAACAUUGAAAUGGGUAGAGACCUUUUACUAUCUGAUGUCUUAUACAUACCCCAGUUCAAAUUCAAUCUCCUUAGUGUCAGUUGCUUAACCAAGAGUUUCCAUUAUCUGGUUUGGUUUGAUGAAUUUUCUUGUGGUAUUCAGGAGCCUACAAGAGGGCAUAGAUUAUCAUGAUACGUUCUCCCCUGCACCUUACCUC